UGUGUGUGUGUGUGUAUUAGAUAUUAGCCUGCUCUGAAGGUGGUCAAUAAUAUUGGAUGUUUCUCAGGAACAGUCAGAUCAUAGGGGAUCUUAGUAAGCUCUUAUCUUCCCUGCUUGCACUUGCUAUAAAUGGCCUGAUCUGAGGCUAAUUUGGUGGCUUGUUUUUCAGUCUAAACAGUUGCUGCUUUUGUACUCAUUUCUGGAAGCUGAAGUCUUGUGGGGUCUAUUGAACACACUGACCCACCCGCACUUUGAGUUGCAAUUACACAAAGCGCCUAUACAGUAUAACGGAGGACAAAAUACAUGUUUAUGCUUACACAAUUGUUGUUUUGCGAAACUAAGAUAUGAAGUAAUAAAAAUAAGACCACUUUUGGCAUUCUCAAAACGAGACUUAAUAGAUGAAAGCAAUGACGGAAUGAGGCGUAAUUUUUAUUUUUUACUGAGCACAGUCUAAAUACUCAUGCAACUGAAGUAACUAUCGAUUAAUGGUAAUCAAAUGUAUUACUUACUUCCCCUUACUACUGGAAUAACAGGGCUUGUUUAGGAAUUUUUUAGAUAAAAUAUUUUUAGAAUAUUUUCUAAAAUUUUCUUUUCAAAUGUAGCGGCAAAGGGAUGCGCAAAUUCUAGUGUCCAAAUCACGUGUCUGUCUUUUCGUUUGCAUGGCUAAUGGGAGGAGUUACGGGUUUCGACCCUUUAUAGAACAACGAGUGUCACCGUGUGUGUUUCAAUUGAAGAUGCUACGAUUUGCAUAUUUGGAUUCUGCGUAAUGAAAUAUUUUAAUAUUACAUUGUUAUCUGAACUUCAUGAACAAAAAACCGGUACUCGAAUGAUUAAUGGAAGCUAAACCAACUUUAUUCGAGGCUCACAGAAAAACCGAAGGCGACACUGCGGUCGGAUUUUGAUUUGAAGUAUGUUCAUGAAUUCGCUAAGGGUCUAUAGCAAAUGCACUGAAACGCCACAGGAGAAUUUGUCAGUGGUUGAGGAAAAUAAUCUGAAAGGAGACAGCAGAGUCGUGGAGGACUCGUUAUGUCAAGUCUUGAAUAUUUUUGAAAAAGAACUACUGAUCCCACUGUCUCGUGUGCCCGUGUGCCAGUUGAAAAUUGCGCCUUGCAGCGCACAACUAUUGCCGGGAAAUCAAGUGAAGAAGGGUCCAAAUAGUCAAAACGCACUUUUCCAUGCUGGAAGAUAAGGACAUGAAUGACACCUCGUAUCAUAAUCUCAUGAUGAAACACCUGGAGCACAAUCCUUUGAUGUAUAGCUUGGAUAACAUCACCAACGUCUCCCUGGGUGACCAGAACAUUACGGAAUGCGCCCAAGUUAUGAUCCCGCACGAGGUCUUUCUGACGUUGGGUUUAAUAAGCCUGGUUGAGAACAUUUUAGUUGUGCUUGCAAUCAUCAAAAACCGGAAUCUGCAUUCCCCAAUGUACUAUUUCAUAUGUUGCCUGGCAGUCUCUGACAUGUUAGUGAGCGUCAGCAACGUGGUGGAAACGAUGUUCAUGUUGCUGACAGAGCACGGAUUGCUGGUUGUCACGCCGCAUAUGAUGAAGCACCUGGAUAAUGUCAUUGACAUCAUGAUCUGCAGUUCGGUGGUGUCUUCCCUGUCCUUCCUUAGCACCAUCGCCGCUGAUCGCUACAUCACCAUUUUUUACGCAUUACGCUACCACAGCAUCAUGACAACCCAGCGAGCGGUGACCGUCAUUGUGAUUAUUUGGUUGGCCAGUACCAUCUCCAGCACUCUUUUCAUUGUCUACUACACGGACAAUGCCGUUAUCGUAUGUCUCGUGACGUUCUUCUGCAUCACUUUGGUUUUCACUGCAGUCCUUUAUCUGCACAUGUUCGUUCUUGCCCACGUCCACUCCAGGCGCAUAAUCGCAUUCAACAAGAGCCGCCGCCAGGCCACCAGCAUGAAAGGAGCGAUCACUCUGACCAUCCUACUCGGCGUUUUCAUCAUCUGCUGGGGUCCCUUCUUCCUCCAUCUCAUCCUCAUCCUCACCUGUCCCAAAAGUCCGUACUGCACCUGCUUUUUUAGCCAUUUCAACUUGUUUUUAAUUUUGAUCAUCUGCAACUCGCUCAUAGACCCUCUGAUUUACGCGUACAGGAGUCAGGAGCUGCGCAAGACAUUGAAGGAGCUCGUGCUCUGUUCCUGGUGCUUCUAACGCAAGGCAAUCCGAAGAUAAACAUUUUUAUAGCUAUAUCGCCUGGCUGCAGCAGGGUGCAUUAUGCUGUUCCAGCAAUUAUUUUUGCCUUUACCAGAAGGCUAACGUAAACUGGAAUACGCUUACUGGCAAAAUUGAACGACAGAUUAAAUGGUAAUUUGGAGACUGGUACACAAGAUAAACUUUGGUGAAAAAAAUGUUUCUGCGAGGAAGUCACCAUAACUUAGAAUUUAUGAACAAAAAAACUGGUCAAAAGAGUACGUUAUGAAAUCCUAUUAAUUGUGUUAUUUUCCAUAUAUUGCUCAUUUAGCAGUUUUGUUUUUGCUGAGUUCGAUUUGAUAUUUACAAUGUAUGUGAAUGUUAUUGCUGUAUAAUAAAUGUGUUUCUUCAACCAAUA